GAAUGCAUGAUGGGUGUAUAAUGUAUUUUAUCACACUCACAACAACAUAAACAUACUGUGAACUGUGAAAAUCCAGAUUAUUUUAAGGGGGAGGUUAAAAAAUCAUGUGUAGAACUGGAGGCCAGUCUAUCUCGGCUGCUAUGAGCUGUGGAAUGAGAUUUACUUUAAAGUGGAUCAGUGUUUUGUAAUGAAUGGGUUUUUUUCGUCGGUGCGCCUGCCUAUUAUUAGCUACGGAGGCCUUACAGUAAGUGGAGGUGGUUCCAUGACGGUCAGGGCUGCAGCUCUGCAUCGCACCGACAGACUUCAGAUCAGCGGUUGCAUUUUUUAGCAAUACAAUCGGAAUUAUCGUACUGAUCCAGAGGACCUUUCCUGAAACAUCUGCGGUCGGCCGCCUGUUUUCAAGCCUCGUUCACCUUGCCAGGAAGAUGAAGUUAAACACGAGCUGCCGUCAGGUGCAAGCCGCAUCCGAUGGAGCCCUGCUUAUUGUCUCGUUCAUCGACCAACCCCAUGCAGCACUUCCUUAUGUUGCGGAACAAGGACAGGGAACUUGUGAAUGGGCACAGGGAAGUCACGAGACCAUCCAUUGAUAGCUCUGCAGGGAGAACGAGCAGUGCAGAUGAGGUCCCAGUUGACAGAUUCUGAUAUGGACUAUGAGAGGCCAAACGUUGAAACUAUCAAGUGUGUGGUGGUAGGAGACAAUGCCGUUGGAAAGACCCGCCUUAUCUGCGCCCGGGCCUGCAAUGCCACACUGACUCAGUACCAGCUACUGGCUACACAUGUGCCCACAGUCUGGGCAAUUGACCAAUACAGAGUAUGCCAGGAGGUCUUAGAGCGUUCCAGAGAUGUGGUGGAUGAUGUCAGUGUGUCCCUUCGCCUCUGGGAUACUUUUGGAGACCAUCAUAAGGACCGGCGUUUUGCAUAUGGCAGGUCUGAUGUGGUGGUACUGUGCUUCUCAAUUGCCAACCCCAACUCUCUAUACCAUGUGAAGACCAUGUGGUACCCUGAGAUCAAGCACUUCUGCCCCCGUGCUCCUGUCAUCUUGGUGGGCUGUCAGCUGGACCUGCGCUAUGCAGACCUGGAGGCCGUGAACAGGGCACGGAGACCAUUAGCUAGACCCAUUAAAUCCAAUGAGAUUCUUCCUCCAGAGAGAGGCCGGGAGGUGGCCAAAGAGCUGGGAGUGCCAUAUUAUGAAACCAGUGUUGUUGCUCAAUUUGGAGUCAAGGACGUCUUUGAUAAUGCUAUCCGAGCUGCGCUCAUCUCACGCCGCCACCUGCAGUUUUGGAAAUCACACCUCAGAAAUGUCCAGCGGCCUCUCCUUCAGGCGCCCUUCUUGCCACCGAAACCUCCCCCUCCUAUAAUCACUGUGCCUCCUCCCCCAACCACCACAGAGGAGCAUCCAGUCGGUCUUCUGGAGGACCCACACUGUGCUGAUGUCAUCCUGGUCCUGCAGGAGCGACAGAAAAUCUUUGCACACAAGAUAUACUUGGCGACAUCCUCUUCAAAGUUCUAUGACCUCUUUAUUAUGGACACACAAAAUGAGGAGACUGAAAGACCCACUCGUGGUCCUCUCUCUGGCCGAGAGCUGCUGAUGCGUGCUGCUAGCUUUGAUGUUUGCGAGAGCACCGAUGAUGGAGACAGGGCUAACCUGAGGGCCUGCACUAGUGAUGGGACCCUGAAAGACUCUGAGGGGGGCCGACGGGGCAGAAUGCUCUCCUCUUGGAGCCGAGCCUUCGUCAGCAUCCAGGAGGAGCUGAUAGAUGACCCUGUGACGUACAGCCCCAGGCCCAUGACUGUAGUGCACAUGGACCAUUCCAUGCAGCUUGGCCCUUUCCGAGCAGUACUUCGCUACCUAUACACAGGUCAGCUAGACGAGAAUGAGAAAGAGCUAAUGCACAUUGCGCACAUUGCUGAGCUGCUGGAGGUAUUUGACCUGCGGAUGAUGGUGGCAAACAUACUUAACAAUGAAGCCUUCAUGAACCAAGAAAUCACCAAAGCCUUCCAUGUACGGCGCACAAACAGAGUCAAGGAGUGCUUGGCCAAAGGCACCUUUUCUGAUGUAGUAUUCAAGCUAGAUGAUGGGACGAUUAUGGCCCACAAGCCUUUACUCAUCUCUAGUUGUGACUGGAUGGCAGCUAUGUUUGGCGGGCCUUUUGUGGAGAGCUGCACCAAAGAGGUACUGUUUCCCAACACAACUCGCAGCUGUAUGAGGGCUGUGCUGGAAUAUCUCUAUACGGGGCGGUUUUGUUCUCGGACAGACCUGGAUGCAAUGGAGCUUAUUGUUCUUGCCAAUCGUCUUUGCCUCCCCCACCUGGUUGCCCUUACAGAGCUCUACACAGUAACAGUACUGACAGAGGCAGCGAUGAUGGGAGCUGACAUUGAUGGAGAUGUUCUGGUGUACUUGGAUAUGGCUCAGUUCCACGGUGCCCAACAGCUCACUGGCUGGUGUCUUCACCACAUCUGCACCAACUACAACAGUGUCUGCCGCAAGUUUCCCCGAGACAUGAAGGGCAAGUCUACAGAGAACCAAGAAUACUUUGAGAAACAUCGCUGGCCACCUGUGUGGUACCUGAAAGAGGAUGACCACUACCAAAGAGCACGCAAAGAGCGCGACAAGGAGGACUACCUGUACCAGAGACGGCAAUGUAAACGCAAGUGGCUCUUCUGGAACCUUCCUUCCUCCCCUAACUCAAACUCUUCCUCUGGCUCAUCCGCUGUCAUCUGACCAAGUGGUAAGGCCAGGUGGAUCAGGUGGAGGUCAGUGUGGAUGCGAGUUGUAAAAAGAUACAAUAGAAGAUAAGCACUACUGGCUAGGUAUGCCGCAGUUAGUCAGGCACACUGUUUCUCUUCCAGUUUGUUUGCCUCUGCAGUCAAACAACACUCCUCCAGGUUUGCAAGGUCAGCUCAAUCUGGCGGUUAAAGUAAUGAGUUUUGUUCCUUAGCUUUUUAGCUCGAUGUACAUGAGACUCAAACCUCAGUGAUACGAAGCUCACUGACAAAUGGCACAGUGUAACUGGCGCAAAUAACAACUCAUAUCGAUUGUCACAUGUUCCACUACCUGAGUUUUAAGUUUUAAAAAUAGGACUCUGCUGGCACAGAACUUUCCACCUAUGAUCAAUACUAUCAUCAAUUAACCUGAACUGAUAACCAAGUGCUGCUUAUCAGCUACAACAACCAGCAAUUCAACACAGAUCUUCUCAGUCUCAGAGAUAUAACACUUUGCCCUUAAGUGUUUGUACAAUCUACCAAACUAUGUGUACAGUAUGAUCUCAUCAACAGGAUGUAACAGUAGUAUAGCCUGCCAGGAAUAAGUUACUGAAGUCAUUCACUCUAAACAUGCUGAUUAUGAUCAUGUAUGCAUAAAUGAAAAUGCUGGCAAGUUUUUGCUCCUGUUUAUUUUUGUACAGUCAUUCUAUUUUUGAAUGUUUGUGCACAGCUUACACAGCUAAAAAUGAUGUGAGUCUGGACACACUCAGCAUUUACGUAUUGUGGUCGUAUGAUUUGUGGCCUCUUGUCACAAAAGGGCUUUAGUUUACAUGAAUGCGUUCAGUGUCCUGAGACACAAGAGAUCCCAAAUCAAGGAAAAUAUCUGUAUUUUCUGUAAAAUGCCAGCAAAAACAAAACCAGAUCACUAUUAUUUCCUGUGUUGCUUGAUGAGGCUUGUUAGCACACAUGUUUCCUGAGUCCUUCAGUUUUACAUUGAAUGGUUCCAUCAGAUGGUUCACUGUCAUCCCGGAAAGCAACACAUAAUGCAUCUCAGAGCCAAUAGCAGCAUUUCCACAGCUGAAGUGACUACGUGUACAUUACCAUCCCUCUGUGACGGUGCGUUUGACGCAUCUGUCACUGGUGGUGAUUUGGCCUUUAGAAAUGUAUCUUAUUUGAUCAGAGGAUGCCCCCUGACUGUCUGCAGUUGGCUGUGAAAGACUUGUACAUGCAGGAGGCUUCCUCAUGCCCUGGGUGAAGUCAUCCAUACUCUUCUACACACCUCGAGCACUUUCUGGACUCUUCUCCACAGAGACACACACAAGAACCUCCAGUAGCAGCAUCCUGGUGAUCGGCACUAAAGGCAAUAUGCUGUCAUGACACGCUGCGGCAAAUGUUAAAAAAGGAACUGAGGAGGAUACAAGACCAUGAUAUUUAAAAUGUUUCAAAGAGCGUUGUGAAGAGGUUUAGAUCAAAUCAUUUUUCUUGAUUUGUUUUGCACACCUCACAGUAUAUGUUCAAGAUUGUCAUCUACUGAGUGAUUGUAGGAUGGAUUUGUAAGCAUGGUGCUCAGUGAAGAUGGGCAGUAUUGUAAAUUGUACAAAAUAUCAGAUGAACUGCAAGCAACUUGCAUCACUCAUGUGCAGUUACCUAAUAUUGUGCACUGCAGGCAGUGAUCGUACAGUAUUACUGAGUAAUACAUAUACUGAAUAUAGACUUGACUUAUCCGACUUGCAUUUAGUUACUGUGCAGCUACAAACUGUUGUUGAAAAUAACCGAAUACUCAUUGUGCUGACCUCCAGUUACAUCUGGAAUAUACUGUAGUAUACACGCAAAUUAGAGGCAUUUCAAACAAACAGUUGACUAAUAGCAAAAUAGGAUUACAGUGCAAAGUAAAGUACACACAUGUUUAUAUAAAUUACAUUAUAAAGACGUAUGGUACAUCCAUAAAACACACCAUUGUUAUCAAAAAAGUAAAAUUCUGAUUGCAGCAUUUGCUUUUGCAGCAUAUGUUAAAGAAAGACUUGCUUUAAUCGUGCAUAUGAUUGGUUUUACUUUUCCAUACAGUUUUUGACUAGAUAGAUAUUUAGAGCCCAACAAAGAGCUUUAAACGAUUAAGUAGUAUCAGUCAAUUCAAAGACAAAAACAGUUUCUUGCUUGUAUUAACUCCUGACCUAAUGACUACACUGCAUGAACAGGGCUCGCCAAAAUAGAAUAAUAAAAUAAAAUUGUAAAAUAAAGUUUAUUCAUUGUCAUUUAAAGUGUAAGUUAUAGAUUAGUGGUAGUGCUGGUGCUCUAAGCAGUAGCUUUAAAUUGUUCUCAAUUGUCUAUUGCUGAGUAAACACAAGAACUGUCAUUUUUGAAUAUCUUAAGUGAUCAAAUCUUUUGGCACACAUGGUCAGACAUUAAGCAGAGGGAUGAGCCUCCAGGAGUAUUGUACUCUUUUAGAGCCAGCUUUAUCCUAAUUCAGGAUGUUUUCAUUUAUUAGACCAUCUGACUAAUUAAUUAUGCCCAGUUUUCACACAAAGUACAGUUUAUUGUAAUAGUUUAAAAUCAGGACGGUCUAUAUUGUUAUAAUUUGCCUUGGUGGUGUGCUUGAUAAAGUUCAUAGACAUGCAUUUCAUUCCUCAGUGCAUUUCAUUCCUCAGUUAAUCUUUAUUCUGAUGUUUUGCAUCAACACCUCAUGCCUUAAUGUACAGUGUAGUGUAUGGUAUUGAAUGUAAAGUAGUGUUACUGUGGUUACUAGUUUGUUUGCUAUAUGUUCAGUUACCAUGGUGCUCUCUAGGUUGUGUGUGUAUUUGUAAAUGUACAUAAUCCAUCAUUUGGAUGUAAAGCAAUCGAUGUAUGAUUCAGCGAGUUCGAUGAGUGUGCUUUAGUUUGAACCCUGCAUAGGGUUUAUGUUAUUUUAUAGUCAGUAAACACAAAACUAAUUAAAGGCCACACUAGACUAACAUAAUGACAAACCAUCAAUUUGUGACAUUAACCAUGAAAUGAAUGCAGGGAUUUCAAAUUAGUUUCAUUAUUUUAAAGUUGUUUUAUGCUAAUGAGCUCCAAUUUUGGAGUCUGCAUACUUGCUGAAAAAUGCUGAAAUAGCGUGGCCAUUGGAAGUUAGAUUGUAACUCAGACAUGUAAAUAUAAAUUGUGUGAUGACUUUCAGACUUGGCAUAGCAAUUGAUACAAGCUAUUGCGUAGUUUAACAUAGAUACUGUUUUUGUACUAUGCAUACUGAAAUGUCUGACUUUGAAACUACAAACUUGCACUGCUUUGUAGCACCAGGUUCAAAUUGCAUUAGAGGGUACAGCAACAUCAUUAGAUAUGUAGGCUAGACAACAUCAGGUAAAAAAAAAGGAUUAGAUCAUAAAUUUUUUUAAAAAGUUGUCACUGGGGCCCUUUUCCAUGUUUGGGUGCUAAUAUCACCGCUGCAGAGAAGCACAAACCAAAGGGAGCUUUAGCAGCACCAGGAAUAUAUUAUAUAUGCUGCACAAUCACUACUGCAUAGUUUAAGAGGCCUUGUUCAGAAAUGGUUGAAAAGUAAAUAAAGAAAAAAACAUAAAUCAAAAGAAAAAAAACUUGAAUGUUUUCUCAGUGUUCAAAGCCUAGAUGACAUUUUCCUUAGUCAUCAGGUAUUUUUGUUGUCAAGAGCUGUUUUUAUUGUUUGGGAGCUGUAAAUCUGAAAUUCUGUAGCAUGUGUUCUUGAAAAUGUGUAAAUAGUAUUUACUAAAUAAAAAAGGAGCGACAUGUGCA